AGCGUGGUGCUGAUUGGUCUGCGGCGGUCACGCGGCUCUGGUAGGGCCGUGACGCCCGCGGCGGCGGAGGGGGUCCGGCUUGUCAGAGUCCCCAGAAAAUAGAAGUAUAUUUCAUAAAGUGAAAAUCAGAAGUAGCUGCUGACAUAGAAGUGCACUAAGGAUCAUUUCUUGAGGACAUUUUUUUAAGAUGUGGUGAAGAGCCUGUAUUUUCCCCUGUGUGGUAUAUAGUGCCUUAAAAAAUGGGGUUUGGAGGUGACCUGAAGUACUCUCAUGAUGCUUUAUUAAAACUGCAAGAUUGGGAGCUGCGACUGCUGGAAACAGUGAAGAAAUUUAUGGUUAUGCGAGUAAAAAGUGAUAAGGAAUAUGCCUCUACUUUACAGAAUCUUUGUAAUCAAGUAGAUAAAGAGAACACUUGUCAAUUGGAUUUUAUCAGCAACGUGUCCAAGUCUUGGUUGCUUGUGGUACAGCAAACAGAACAGCUGAGCAAAAUAAUGAAGACGCAUGCAGAAGACCUUAAUUCCGGGCCUUUGCAUAGGCUUACAAUGAUGAUCAAAGAUAAGCAGCAGGUUAAGAAGAGUUUCGUAGGUGUUCAUCAACAAAUUGAAGCAGAGAUGUACAAGGUCACAAAGACAGAACUAGAGAAACUAAAAUCUAGCUAUAGACAACUAAUAAAAGAAGUAAAUUCUGCCAAAGAAAAGUAUAAAGAAGCUGUGGCGAAAGGAAAGGAGACUGAGAAAGCAAAAGAUCGGUGUGAGAAAGCCACUAUGAAGCUUCAUAUGUUGCAUAAUCAGUAUGUGUUGGCACUGAAAGGAGCACAGUUACAUCAGCACCAGUAUUAUGACACUACACUUCCUCUGUUACUUGAUUCACUACAGAAGAUGCAAGAAGAAAUGAUUAAAGCCCUAAAAGGAAUCCUGGAUGAGUAUAGCCAGAUCACCAGUCUUGUAACAGAAGAGAUUGUGAAUGUCCAUAAAGAGAUCCAGACCUCGGUUGAACAGAUAGACCCUAACUCUGAGUAUGAUGACUUCAUAGAUACACACAGGUCAUCAGAAGUUGUUGAGCAAGAAAUAGAGUUUGAUACAUCUUUACUAGAAGAAAAUGAAAACCUUCAGGCUAAUGAGAUCAUGUGGAAUAAUCUGACAGCAGAAAGUUUACAAAUCACGUUAAAAACUGUAAUAGAAGAACUGAUUCAGACACAGCAAAACCUUUUGAGCAAAGAGGAACUUGUUUUGGAACUGGAGAAAAAAAUAGAAGAGUCCUCUAAGACUUGUGAAAAGAAGUCUGAGUAAGUCAAAAUGAAAUUU